AUGUGCGGGAACUACUACGGGAACUACUAUGGGGGCUGUGGAUACGGCUCCGGCUACGGCUGUGGAUAUGGCUCCGGCUACGGCUGUGGAUACGGCUCCGGCUACGGCUGUGGAUAUGGCUCCGGCUAUGGCUGUAAAUACGGCUGUGGAUACGGCUCCGGCUAUGGCUGUGGAUACGGCUCUGGCUACGGCUGUGGAUACGGCUCUGGCUGUGGCUGUGGGUACGGCCGUGGCUAUGGCUGUGGCUUCGGCUCCUACUAUGGCCGUGGCUACGGCUGUGGCUGUGGAUACGGCCGUGGCUACGGCUGUGGCUGUGGGUACGGCCGUGGCUAUGGCUGUGGCUGUGGCUGUGGCCGUGGCUAUGGCUGUGGCUUCGGCUACUACUAUUGA